AAGAAGCAUAAGGACUAUAACGAAUAUUUCACGAAAGUAUAAGGACCACAUUAAUCUUGUCGAGUGAGAAGGUGACACGACACCGGGGUCAUGCUUUGUUCUGUUGUGCGCAGGGAAUUAUGAAUUAUCACCCAAUUUUGAAACGCUCGCUUUGAAGUGAGGGACCAGGGACAAACCGGUAAUUCCAGACACCAAAAUCUGAUUGGACACUGUACCACGUCAUCAAUCCUCGUGAUCAGAUUUUAAAAAAUCCACACCCGUCCGAUCUUCACCAAACUACCCUCCCCUAGCCGUUCGAUCACCCCCCGAUCUCCUCCUCCUCCUCCCUCCUCAACUCCUUUCCGGCAUUCCCACCUUUUAUAUCUAACCCUUCACCUCUUCUUCCUCUUCACAACAGUCCCUGUCUCUCUCUCUCUCUCCCUCUCCCUCUCCAUCUCCGUCUGCCGCUCUGUUUCCGAUCGAAUCGCGUUAAUGGCGACCGAAGAUCCGACCAACGCACAGCCUCCACAGUUCUCUCUUCCGGACUACUCUCAGUUGAUUAUGGAAGCGAUCGAUGCGCUCAACGAGCCGAAUGGCUCCAGCAAGUCGGCCAUUUCGAAGCACAUCGAGUCCGCACACGCGGAUCUUCCGGCGAUUCACUCCAUGCGGCUUACGCAGCAUCUCAACAAAAUGAAGCAGAGCGGUCAGUUAGUUCUGGUGAAGAACAAUUACAUGAAACCAGAUCCUAAUGCACCACCAAAACGAGGCCGCGGCCGGCCUCCCAAGCCUAAGGAGCCGCUUCCUCCUGGAACCGUUUUGCCUCCACCAAGACCUCGAGGCCGUCCGCCAAAGCCUAGAGAUCCUUUCGCGCCACCUCCAAAUCCGAAAAGCACCGGCGGAACCGGAAGACCUCGCGGACGUCCUCCGAAGAAGGCUAAACCUUCUUCUGCUGCCGCGCCCGCAUCAGCUCCGCCUCCAGCUCCCGGCGCGAAAAGAGGGAGAGGUAGACCGCCGAAGGUGAAACCGGCAGUAGCGCCCGUAGGCUGUUGACUGAAGUAACAAAGUACAAAGACAAAGAAGGAGAGAGAAAGACGGAAUUAGGCUUUUUUUUUUUUUUAAUUUAUAACUUUUUAGGUGUUGCUUAAUUUUCAACUAAUUGAUGUUUUAGCUUUUUUUUUUUUAAUUUUUAAUUUUUGUUUUAAUUAUGUUGGGAGUGUUGUAACUGUCGUGACUGUAAUUUCAUGUAAAUUGUUCACCGGAUAUGUAGGCUUUUAAUUUAUCCUUCUUGAGAAUCUUUCUUUUUAAAAAGAAAAAAAGAAAAAGUUA